AUGCGGCAAAAGAGAGUAAUCUUAGUUUCACUACCUUCACUUGUUCUCUUCCUCUUCUUCUUCUCCUACAUCUACUUCAACGCAUUUCUCAGAUCAUCGCUACUCGCUAAUUCAUCCAAAAACACCAUCAAACUUGCCAACAAUAUUAACUCCACCACACAAUCCAAAUUCAGCAUCUUCAUUGGAAUCCUAACCCGUCCGGACAACUACAACCACCGCCACUUCCUCCGCCUCGUCUAUGGCAUCCAAUCCUCACCUAUAGCCGACAUAGAUGUCAAAUUCGUCUUCUGCAACCUAACAAAACCCGAACAAAGAGUCUUAGUCUCUCUUGAAAUCUUACGUUUUAACGACAUUGUUAUUCUCAAUUGCCUAGAGAACAUGAACAAUGGCAAGACUUACUCCUACUUCUCUUCUCUCCCAAAAAUCCUCUCCAAGCGUUACGAUUAUGUAAUGAAAGCUGAUGACGAUGUCUUCAUUAGGCUUAAGCCCUUAUCAUUGUCAUUACAACAUUUACCUAGGGUGGAUUUGUAUUAUGGAUUUGUGAUUCCAUGCAAGAGCAUGAACCCUCACGUGGAGUAUAUGUCCGGGAUGGGGUUUUUGUUGUCUUGGGACAUUGUGGAGUGGAUUGGACGGUCCGAGAUUCCUCGAACCGAGACGGUUGGACCGGAGGAUAAGUUGGUUGGGAAGUGGUUGAAGAUUGGGGGGAAAGGGCAGAACCGGUUUAGCGAUAAACCGAGGAUGUAUGAUUAUCCGGGAACGAAUGGUCGGUGCUCUCAUGAGCUUAUUCCGGAAACUGUGGCGGUUCACAGGCUUAAGAAGUGGCAUCAAUGGUUCCACGUCCUUGAUUUCUUUAAUUUAACGAGAGGUGUUACGGAUUCGAAGUUGUACCAUUUUUAA